UGACUUAUCAAGUAUCGGUGUAUCAGCUGUUUUUCAAGUUUAAACGAAGAGACGCGCGCAUGCUUUCCUGUUUAAUUUAUUUCUUUGCGCCAUUAUCUAUAUAUUAAAUUCCGCAUAAUUACAUCAUUCAACAAACCCAUUCCGCCUUCCACCCUUACCGUGUUGAAUCUGGCCUUGUAUAGUGUGUCUUGACUCUCUCGUCAAUAGCGUAACGAUACGUUACAAGCAAUUUAGUGAAGAAUCGAAAUUAUAAUUACCUACUUUUCAUCCAACAAGGAGCUCUUGAAUUGUUCUCUGCUAAACGCCCUUAAAGAAGACUUUUUGAAGCCGACGGUUUGAGCUCUGUCAUUUCAAGCAAGAUUGUGAAGUUCACGUGUAAAUACUAGAACACUGAUAUGAAAUAUAUGACGGUUGUCCAAUACCGUCGACUAGAAUCUGCUACAUUAUCUCUCUCCCCGGAAAGAAGAUAAACAAUAUGGCCUUCAAAUUUAUUCUUUUGACUUUGAAAAGUCCUCCUAUUGACAAACGUUAAACUUUAAUUUCGGCAAACAAACAGUUGAUAAAGGAUUCUAGAUGUACAAAACUCCCAAAAUCAAGUUUCCUUCCUAUUUAAACUUGCAAUAUUGAACAAUUUACGCAAUUUCUAAACUUCUGGCUCAAUUUUCGUUUGCUUUUGCUUUAACAAUGGAGGCAUAAUUACUCAGAAGCAAUGCAGUAUAAACAUUUCUAAUGAAAAACAACAAAAACUUGUCAAUUUAUGAUGAAAAAUAUAUUGUAAACACAAACUAUAAUAUUCAAAGGCCCUGGUUCCACGAUUGAUGACAUCUUAUCCCUCUUUUGGUUGUUAAGGAAUCGUUAAUUACUUUCCUGCAAAUUUUCACUUCCGAGGGAUGAAAAGUCAACUCCCUACAGCCCUCUGCCUAAUCUCCCGACCUUUUCACAUAUGUUCAUUGCCCCUUUAAAUUUUACAUGCCGGAAGUCGAUAAGUCGACUGUUUUUUUUUUUAAUGCCCAAUACAAGGAAAAAAUUUCCUAUAUUAAAAAUCUCGAUAAUGAAAUCUUGUCACAGCAACAAAAAAAAUGCUAAUUUGUCAAUAGUGGUGGAGCUGAUUUCGUCAUUACCCUAGAUGUGACAUGGGGAAAUAUUUAAUAAUAUCUUUUUGUAGUCGCAAAUUCUUCUAGGUAGUAGAAAAAACUACCUCAAAGGAUUAUGGGAGAUUUUUAAAUUAAAAUUAAAUUAAAUUAAUUUUAUUUAAGCUCGAUAGCGUGAGGAGUGGUUGCCCAAUCUCCCGAGCCAGGGGCUCAUGUAUUAAACGCUCGAGCAUUCCGGAUCGAAUUGAAAUUUAGAAAUGUUGGUAGAUAACUAUAAUUUACUAUAAUAAUUAUUUUUGCCGUUGGUCGCCAUUCCAUUUGUCUCUCAUGUCGCCUUUUGAGUCCAUUUCGCUGGUCACAAUUUUACCGUUGCAGAGACGUGUCCAGGGAAGUGCGAAAUAGACGGCCAGUGUUACACAUAUGAAGAGGUCAAUCCCUGGAAUGAGUGUCAGGUAACUUUUUGUACACUCCCCUAACAAUAUGUUGUAUUUAAAGGACUCAUUUCUGACCAAAAUGAUUUACAGCAUAGUUCCACAUGCCAUGCCCCAUUGCUUAAAAUAGAAACUAGGAUCUUAUCAGUGUACGAAAUUUUGGUUUUGACGCCCGUCUGUAGAGACUGUAGCGGGUGGCGAAGGGCCAAGAGACCGUGUAAAAGAGAUGAAGGGAAUCAUACGUGUAGCUUGCGAUUGUCUCAGGGAAACGAGUCAGUUCGGUAAAAAUCUUAAAAAUGUAUUACAUGUAUGACGUAGCUUCACUUGGCAGGGUUUUAUAGGCUCUGGUCACUCAUUUAAGUGAUAAGGUGUGGAGGAGUUAUUUGUGAUCUUGAGCUCGAAUCGUCUUUGUUUGUAAAACCGAAUAUAAACUUGACCGAUCAAACCGUCAUCCGAUUGUGCACAAAUUGGGUAAAACCGGACUAUUUGCGAUUUUUCCAGUGCCUCUACAAAAUGAUAUACACGUGUUAACAAGCUUUUUUCGUUAUUCGAAAGAGAUUUGUUUCAUUGGGGGACGGUUUUUUGGUUAAGUAAAGCGUUGCAUAGAGUCAACAGGGCUCAUCGAUAUGUAAAGAUAUGUGUACUACAUGCGUUUUAUUUUUUUCCAAGCUUGCGAGCGGGCGGAAUCCUCCAAAUCCUGCAAUCUGAUUGGUUCCAAAGGCUGGCGGAGUCGUUGGCAGCUUCAUUCACAAGUUUGUUUGUUGUUUGUGAAUGAGCAAAAACGGUCAUUUUCAAACCACUUUUCUUUUAAAACUUGCGCUAUUAUCAGCAUUAGCUAGGGAAAGUGAAUUUCAUUAUUCAGACAAAAAUCUGAAGGGAGAAUCAAGCAAGUCAGCCAGGAAAACCGUUAAAGUAAAGCAAAACAGGUAGCUCGUGAUGUCGCUUCACUAGCUUUAUAACCGCGCUGUAAGUACUGCAAUCUUGCUUUUAUGCACCGUUUAUUGUAAAUUUUUGUUGUAUGAAUCUGGAUUCCGUCGUUUUUCAUUGAAUUUUUUCCUCGCUAGUUUCUACUUAUCAUGAAAGGUUGUGGUCAAUGAUUGCAUUUAGCUUUCAAUCUUAAGCUUUAAGCUUAAAUAAACAACACGAAUCACUUUUCCAGCAGUCGCUUAUCGCCAUUUUCAUUUCUUUGUUUAUAACUUGUUACUCACAUCGUCUUUUUUUAUUCGAAUGCAAUUCAAAACCUAAAAUUGGUAUGUGUAAUUAGCUCCUUUGUGCAGUUUUCUUCACGCUCGAUUGAAUUAAUCUUAAAGCAAUUUUUGAAUUAGUCAGCCGAUGAAAAUCCUUGAUGUAUUUUUUUGCUACAGUUUCUCCCAAUACAGACCUCCCAGCCUGUGAAUAACAUAUAUAUGGUGGGCUUUACAGUAAAGAUCAAUUUGUUUAAGUAUAAGAGAUUCAAAGAAGAAAGGUGUCGCUACUAAAAUACUGAGUCGAGCCAUCCAAGUGACGUAACCAGUUUGACAGGUUUUUAGAUUGAUGAUGUUGUACUUUGUAGUUUAUUGUCGUUUCCUUAUAUGGGUAUGAAGCCACCCGUGAUUUAAAAUUACUGAGCGGUAACGUAUUUAUGCGUGUUCCAUUUCCUACCGCUUUCAUCAGGGGCACCAAACGACAAUUUUCGGAAAAAUAUCUGUUCGGAAGACGAUUUGAGAUCUAGAAUUUUCGGAACAUUUGUUGUAAAAUUCCUCGCUUCCCUGCCUCUCCUAGGAUUUUCAAACAUCUUAAAAAUGGUAUAAUUGCAUAUUCUUAACGGAUUUUUACCCUAAAAAGGUCACCUAGAAUUUUCGGGAGCCCUUUUUCUGGCUGGUAUUUUUGAAAAGGUAAGUUUUGAUCCCUAAAAUUUUCGGAUCACUAGACUUUCAGCUAGGAAAUCCGAACAGAUGAAAAAUUUUUAGGGGAUAAAAAUAUGCCUUUAUCUAUCGUUUAAAUACUAAACUACUAAAAUACGUUUAACAAAGCUGUGUUUAAGUGCUUUUGAACUAUAUUCUCGUUGGGUGCCCCUGUUUCAUUGCCUAACUUAUUGUAGAAAUUUAACUUAGUCUCGAAAUCUGUUGCGCCAAAUUUGCCUCUUCUGUCUUAGCGUAGUUUACAAAAUGAAUGCACCGCUGUUUUAGUUUCGGCACUUGUAAUGGGUUGUUCACUGUGAGUUAAGGAGUCCGGAUGGUAGGAUGUAAGGUUUCUGUAAGAUGGCUGCCUGUUGUGGCCCAGGACCUAAGGCGAGAGUGGAGAGUGUUGUUGCAGUUAAAGAAUCUUGCAUGCUUUUUAAGUCUGGACAGCAUGCACUGUUUAUCUCUUGGAGUCGUCUUCUUGAUUGUAGGGCCUCCACAGACUAGCUAUUUCGUUGUCGACAACCAUAUAUCUUUUAAAGAUCGACAAGAAGAUGUCAUCGAUCACUAACUAUGUCCGAUGCAAGCAGUCAUCAGAGUGUUUAAUUGUCGAUAACCAAUCUUGAACCUAGAGCUCUUCUGCGCAUGACGGCCAGGGAGGGAAGAGCUCUAGGGAAUCAUAGAAUAGGACUGUCUCUGAUUGGCUUCAGCAAGAAAACAAUAAACGUGUAUCUGGUUGGUCCAUUCAAGUUCGCACGAGAGCGGGUGAACGUGCGGCAUGUCUGGCGUGUGAGCGGGUUAGCCAAUUUUGGCUUCACCGGCGCGGAGUUUCCACGAGUUUACGUGCGUAGUCAAAAGCGUAAGCACUGGAGUCGAGAAUGGUCGAAAACAAAUAAUUCCCGCGAGAACCUGGAGACAAAGAUUCAAUGCACAUGCUUGAAAUAAACGUUUGAAGGCUUCUAAGAGAAACACUAGCAGUCGAGCAAGUCGAUUUUCUUAGUCGGAAAGGGAAGAUGUUACAAAUAUUAUCUGUAAGAUGGGGGGCAAAGUGAGAAUGGAAUGUCAGGGGAACCGAUGCUCAACUAGUUCUUGUGUCAAAACUUGCUGUUCACAGCAAGCAGGGGCAAUAACGGCAAGAUUAUUAUCAGCAUGAGCUUCCAAUGUCUUACUGGAAUUCCUUUAGGUUUGUUUAUCGUUUUUCUUGCAGUAUUCAAUUAAGUUUUUUUUCAUAUAUAGGAAAAACUCCAUUCUAAGAUAAUCGGAUGUGUAGAUAUCAUGUGAACAAUGUGUUCUGCACACUGUAUUUGUUUCUAUGAGCUCAGAUCGACCAUAUAUUUAACUUAAUUCUAUUACAAAUAACAUCUUUUCGCUUUUAAAAACUAUUUACAGCGUUGUUUUCGCUUUCGUUUGUCACCAUUUCUGAAAAAAAUACCAGAAGUUGAAUUGUGAAACGUUGACCUUUUCAUCUCACUAAUUCUGGGUGCGUUGUAUCUGAAGAACAGUGCUAAGUAGGUGAGUCGUGUUAACCUAGUGUCACGCAAAAAGUGAUAGGCGACGCUUUGACAUCUCAAUCAAUCAACUUUCCAGAUAACUUUAAUUUUCUCUAUGAUAAUCCCAACUUUUAGCCAAUUUUGUUGUCCAUCCUACAGUGCAAAAUAAUAUCCUGAGGAUCAUAGUCAGUGUUUAACCCGUUGUCACUGCAAUCUGUGCACCUAUUAUUUAUAGCGGAGCUCCACGGGAGGCGCGAAGCGCCGCGCGUGGGUGGAGCCCCAUAGCUAAGGACAUGUGGUAAUCUACCCAUCCGAGAAAAUUUGGUAAUCACGUGACCGUACAUCGAGCGAGCGAGCAAGCGACCGUCCGUCCGCACCACAGGCAUACCAAUGUAAAGUAACUUAAUCAACAGGUAUGGCAACCCAAAUGCAACUCAGGGUUUUAUUUGGAUUGAAAUCACAAGGCCGCCCGGACUUUUAGAAAGAAAAAAACAACAAAAAAGUCGUGUCUUUUUCGGCGUUACAGUCGACUCUCUCUUAACGGACACCUCUAUGAGACGGACACCUCUGUAAAACGGACACCUAGAGUUGGUUCCUGCCUUUCUUUACUCCUUUUAUUUGACUCUUUAUAAGACGGACACCUCUCUAAGAUGGACACUUAGUACCGGUCCCAAAGGUGUCCGUCUUAGAAAGAGUUGACUAUAUUUUCUCUGUUUACACUAACGUGGAUAAGAGCGAAAGAACGAGAGCGAGUUAUUGAAAACAAAGGAGACGAAUUUCGUAGGAAGAAAACCAUAGGAAUUCAAGGAGGCGGUGAGAAAGUGAAAAAUGCUAGCGACCAGCAAGGUGAAAAUGAGCGGCAGUGAAAAAUAAAAACAAACAUGAACACAGGAAACAAAAUAUUGGGUAAGCACAUACGACAAGUCCUCCAUAAAAAUAAUGUGUACGUAGGAAGUUUGACGUUUUAGUAGUCCAAAACAGCGUUGUAGUCGUGCAAAACAACGGCAAGGGAAAGACAAAAAAGCGUGCUGCACGUGCAAAUUCGUUUUUUGCUAAUUAGAAUAAAAAAUGUGCUGCACGUGCAAUUUGUUUUUUUGCUAAUUAGAUCUAUUAGUCUUGAGGCCAUUUUCAUUGUCGUCCCCGUUUAGCAUUACACGAUUUAAUUUUUUUUGUUUACACGUAUUAUUAACCAGAGCUUCGCUUUUAGCCCUGGCUAAAUCUCUGUAUUAUAAAUAGCUAACAAACAUCGAACGCACUCUCCUACGCUCCGCUUACUCUUGGUCGGCAACUAAUAGUUUUCAGUUACCAGUUAUCAGUUACCAGUUUCCCCUUUCGAAAAGGGGGUAGUGUGAAAUGCAGACUGUGGACCAUUGUCUUAGGGUUAGAAAACAAUGGAACUUUUGUUGUCACUUGCUCCUUUGCAUGGUAAAAACAAUAGCGCGCAGUCGGCGUUUGACGCUGACCAUUUCGAAAAGGGAAACUGCUUAGUUGUUUGUGGGGGAAGGGAAGCUUUGCGCUACAAUGCAAAGAACGGCUGUUAAGGACGGUGCCCACUAAUGGGAAGUAUUUUUUCCCAGAUAAUGACUAUGUGAGACAAGCAGAUCAUAUCAGGGGCUUUUGAAAUCCAAAAGGAAAACGGGGGGUAACCACGCAUUUUUCAGAGAUAACUGCGCUUCAAUAUGGAGAAAAACGCUUAAUAGGCGUUUUUUAAAACAAUGAUAAAAAGUUAUUUUUUCCCAAAAUUUCAGAGUGUAAACGUGAAUUGGCACAAAUGCAAUGAUAAUUGUAACAAGGUCUCAAAAUAGGCAACAAAUGAUAACACAACAACUGCUCUUUAUACGCCUUUUUUUGAAAUAUCCGCAAACUGGGAGGUUAUCUGCCUCAAAAAUAGUGUAAACGACAUUUUCCCCGAACCACAAACUGAUCGUUUGCUGAGUAGGCUUAUUACUUUCAUUUGGUAACAUAAAAAGCAGGGGUUACUACGCGUUUUUAGAAGUUAAAUUGGUUGGUUUCGACCUUAACUUAAUCGCUUUGGGGGUUAUUUACAAUUUUCCCCAACCCCUCCCCGGCCAGUUUCACUCAACGCGGAGCACUCUGGGAUUUCCACAAGGCUAACAGUCAGAGAAAACAACAACACAUGGAGGAGAGCAAAAACAGAAAGUGAAGCAGGACAUUUCAUGGACUCUAAGGAAAACAAAUUAUACCAUUUCAUUCAACUGGAGCUUCUCCGUCUCAAACAUUUAACAACACGGUACGGAGCGUACACUUCGGCUUCGUGGUUUUGAAACUAAUUAUUUGUAAAUGCGGAGGAAUAGUAAGAAAUGAAAUAUGGUAAGAGUAAGGUGUUAAUUUGUGAAAUUAUGGGAUUUGUCAGGAUAUUCUGAAAAGAGCAACAUCCAAGAGGCCUACUUAACAAAAACUAGCAUUUCGGGACAAAUUGUCUCCGAGAUAUUAGCCCAGUGAUGCUCUGAUGACUCCAUACAAAUCCUUCUAAAAAAACAAUUCUCUAUUUUUCUUAGUCACAUCAGGCUUCAAAAACAGCAUAGCAGUCUCAUGUACUGAUUAAAGAUAUGUAAGGCAUGGGUAAGGAGUCAAUUACGUUGAGCAUGGAAUUGGCUAAAACUCAAAGUCACGAGUUCGAAUGUUUUGAGGAUAAUUAUUCACUGACUAUCCGCACGCAGGGAUGUCGGAUUAACACAAGGGUUAGGAACAUAGCCUUUACAGAGCUUUAAAACACAGCACCCACCAACACAAACUUGACUUGAACUUUGAGUAAAACUAAACAGCUUCUACCAAUAAUAACAAACUCUUACUUGAACUUCAGAUAUCUUACGGGUUCUGCGAACUUGUAAAUACAGAACCUGAAAAUCGACCUUCGUCACACUUGACUAAACACACAGCAGUCCAGCUCGUGGGAAAAAACUUAGUUCGUCAAAAGAACUCGCUAGGAACUUGUAUACUUGUAUAACUAGAAAAUACUAGACAGGCGAAUAGUAGUAGCUUUUCGACACAUGUUAUGAUUUCAUUAACUGAUGCAAAUUUGCUGACUCACGCUGAAAUGCAAACAUACCCUAAUUAAUUAUUCAUGGCUAAUCCAAAAACUUAGAGAACGUUCGAGAAAGUCACGCAACACAUGAAAGCAAUUUUACUACGUAAAACUCAACAAAGACAAAAUGUAAAGGAGGGCUCACUCGUGAAAUGUUUUUCACUACUCGAAGAGAAAUCUCGUGUCUCUGCGCGGCCACGAGAUAUCCUCUACUUAUUCCACUAGUAAUUAAAGACUAAACUCGAAGUGAUCUCGAGAUAUCACGAAAUAGUCCGGUCUCAUUUCGUGAAAUAGUUGAAACAAACCGAAAAGUCACGAACUUGCACGCCCAAUCUUGUCCCGAAACUAGUGCAUCAUUUCAUAACUAUUUUUCAUAUUUCAAACUACCUUGGGUCGCAGUAGCGCAAUCGGCUAAUCCCUCAUCUUAGAGUCUCCUCUGAUCUGACGGGUCACAUAGGUGAGUCGGUUCAAACCCCGGGAAAGCCAAAAUAAUAAUUCUUUCUUCCUCGAAAAAGUUAAAGAACAAAUCAAAGAAAUCGAAGUGAUCUCGAGAUAUCUCGAACUAAUUCGGCUCUCACUUCGUCAAAUAGCCGAAUAGAACCGAAAACCUACAGACUUUGCUUGCCCAAUCCUGUCAAAAGAUGGCAACUUUGAUACAUUCCUGAGCGUCGCGAAUCCUUUACUUCGCGCUCCGCCGAAGUAAAAAUGUUUGGAGAAGAGCAAUCUCCAAGGUAUCAGAGAUUACUUGCAGCGCACAUAGAGUAGUAUGGCGAGCUCAAGAUCCACUGCUGGUGCUGUAAACAAACUACUGUACUGUAGUGGAAAAUAGUCGACAGGGACUCUAAGACAGGUACCCCUUCAAUCGUUUACUUACCUGUACAUGUCCUCAAGAUUUUUUGAACUGUAGAUGUAAUAUGGAUUGUAAACCUUCAUUUUACCGGGUAUCUCGAUCGAAUAUGUUAUUAAACUUGCAUACAUUCAAUGAGCUUGUAUCUGUGCUUUGCGCAGUCUUUCGGGCUUUGCCACAAGUGUCAUAUGAAAUAAAUGAUUUGCAUAGACACAUACAUGAGCUCUCUUUUAAAAAAGCUGAAUAGUCUGAAAGUAGUUGUACCGAAUGCGUUUAUGUACCCUCAUAUAUGCACUGGGCUAUAAUGAUCAUUUUAUAUAUUUCGUUUUGAUUUUUUUUUUACUGUAGCUUUUUGUGUCAUGAUCAUUUCCUAUUUUUCGUUUGUAAAUGCUAAUUUUGGACUUAACAGUGUCUGUUAAACCUAAGAAAGUCUUGGAAUAGAAAUACUUCAGUUUAUUUCACCUUCCAUCUUUAGUUUGUAAACAGCCAAAUGGCAGCUGUCUAUAUGUCCAGAUUAUGUGUGGCGUGAAAUUGAACCUUAAGAAAUACUAUCUACACGACAAGCUGCCAAUGAGUCAAUAAUUUCAAUGCUUAGUAAUGCCAAAAUGCUUAAAUAACAAUGAUAAUAGUAAAAAGCAUAACAAUUUUUUAUCGUUUUUUCCACGAUGAAAGCGUUUCCUUUGCGGCCGCAACUAUUUGUGAAGCUGCGAUCUCAGCAAUCCAAACAAUCUUGUGAUAGUUUUUUUCUUGUUUGUUCAACAAAUAAAAGCCUCAGACUCUCAAUAAAAGGGACAUCUGUAUGUACUCGAACGCUUUAAGUCUAUCUUCUGGUGAAUAAUUACGUAAAAUCUUACAAAAUUAAAGAAAUAUUCGGGAAACUGUUUAUAGCCAAUUAGUCGAUAAAACGCGAAGGACGCGAGUAAAAGGUAAGCUUGCAGUUUCUCGAUUAACCGGAGGACUUAGAGCUAUUUUCCUUCUGAUUUACUGAUCCUUGCCUAUUAAGGGAUUUUUUAAUACCCAAGCCCUAAGCGUAACAUCUUGAAGCAAUAACUUUUGAUGUUUCAGAAUUGACUUUUGCUUGACUAUAAAAAUGUUCGGUCAGAUCAAUCGUACGCAGAAAUAGCAAAAUGCGCAUACUUCUUCGGUUUUCAAAGAACUGACAAGGUAAAUAGAAAUUCUUUUUCAUCUGUUGAAAAACGACGCAUCUUUUCCAAAAGUAAUAACUAGAACCUCCCAGAUUUACAGGAGACAAAACCAGUCCGCGUGUCCUGCGUGUUGCGCGUUUCUUUCGCGUCGUGCGCGACUACCUUGGCAUGCGCAGAAAAUGCGCGCAGUAACAAUAGUGGGCACCGUCCUUAAGCAGACUAAACUGCGUAACGAGCCCCAUGAGUGGCUUCAUACCCAAAUAAGGAUAUAACGCACAUAAAUCAAAAUAGACUUUGACAUCAUCCAUCUGAAAAUAACUAAAAUUCUGUCAAACGGAACCAUUUAUGACCUCCGCAUUUUGUUCAUGAAAAUUGAUAAAGACAAAAUGCUAUGACUUCAUCUGCGUUGAUGUACUGUACACAUAAGUUAAUUUAAUACACAAAAGAAGGUUGCUUCCACGGUCCCUACAAUGCUAUUGAAAAUGCUUGUGUACUGGCUUCUUUUUGGCACAUUAGACACUUGAUUUGGAAUUCCUCUUUUUUUCUCUCUGGCAGUGAGCAGAGUCCAACCUAAGAGCCGUUGCUAUUUGAGAGCAUGCCAAGCUUGUUAUUUUUUUUUUUUGAAAUGCAAUAAAUUAAGCGUGUUUUAAAAAAAAUAGAGUGUUACUUAGAUGUGGUUGAAUCUGAGUGUUAUCGCCUCAUGUACUAUGGAAGAAACUAAUCACGCAUCUCUUAGGUCUUACAAAAUUAAUAUUAUUAUACCACUUUUUUUGCCUAGAAAUGUGAUAGGUCGAAUAGGAAAAAGUGGACAAACGACGAUUUCCUUUCCUGCAGCGAUUAUGACGCUUGCACCAUAAACGACGGCUGUUCUGGUGGCAGGUGUAGUGGAACACCGCUCAGUUGCCUUUCAUGUGAAUAUUGUUACAAUGGGAAAUGUCGAGCGAAAUAUGGAUAUUGUACGAUUUACACCUCUGGGGCAUGGUUUCCCACAAAAGUUUGCUACAGCCAUGGGCGUCGGAGCCCAACUAAUCAAUGCAAGGUUUGUACCUAAUAUAAG